AUGCCGAGUCUUUCAUUCACCUUAUUUGGGAUCAUUAUCCUCAUGGGCUUCCUCGUAUAUCAAUACUCAACCCAGAGGACCAAACACAAAUUGCCCCCAGGCCCCAAGCCGUAUCCGAUCGUCGGAAACAUCAAAGACCUCCCUCCAGAUGGCACCCCUGAAUAUCAGCAUUGGCUCAAGCACAAAGACCGCUAUGGGGGUAUUAGCUCUGUGACAGUUUUGGGUAUGACGCUCGUCGUGAUCCACGACAAACAGGCAGUGCAUGAGCUGCUGGAGAAGGUCUCCAGCAAGACGUCUGGGCGGCCGAUCAUGAUUAUGGCAAAUAAACUGUGCGGCUAUGAGUCGAUCGUCGUUUGCCAGAAUUACAACUCGACCUUCCGCCGCUGUCGUAGGCUCCUGCAUCAGGAGCUUGGCACCAAGGUGUCUGCCGCAACCUUUUGUGAAGUACAAGAAUUUGAGGUUAACCGACAGCUCGUUCGAGCGCUGAAUGAGCCUGGAAAGUGGCUGGAGCAUUUUAAGACCACCGCUGGAGCGACCGUCUUGAAAAUGACAUAUGGCUACACUAUCGAGCCCUCUAAACCCGACCCUUUGGUGGACUUGACUGAGCAGAUGAUGACUGAAUUUUCCCUUGCUGCUGUUCCUAUGGCCUGGGGAGUUGAUAUUAUUCCUGUUUUGCAACAUCUUCCGGAGAGCUUCCCAGGGGCAACAUUCAAGAAGACUGCCCGGAAAUGGCGAAAAUCAAUUGAGGCAACAGCCUAUAUCCCUUAUAGAUUUGUCCAGAAACGGAUGGCUGUCUUGGAUUUCAAGCCAUCAUACGUCUCAAAACUUCUCCAGGGCCUCAAGGAGAACAAUGGUGCGUUUCUAAGUCAACAAGAUGAACAAGCUGUGAUUUGGACUGCUGCUAGCCUGUAUGGUGCUGCAGCAGAUACUACAGUCAUUGCUCUCACUAUAUUUACGCUGGCCAUGGCCAUGUUCCCGGAAUCGCAGCAGAUGGCCCACGAGGAGAUCGAUCGUGUUAUUGGAACAGACCGUCUUCCUAGCUUUAAGGACCGCGAUCAGCUGCCGUAUGUCAAUGGCUUGGUCAAAGAGAUUAUGAGAUGGUGGCCUAUUGCGCCUAUGGGUUUCCCGCACACGGCAACCGAAGAUAUUGAGUACAAUAGCAUGCACAUUCCCAAGGGUGCAACUCUCCUCCCCGCAGUUUGGUGGUUCUUACAUGACCCGGAGGUGUACGCUGAUCCAGGAUUAUUUGACCCUGGCCGUUUCCUUGAACCACGUAACGAGCCGGAUCCUCAAACGGAGCUCUUUGGUUAUGGCCGCAGAAUAUGUCCUGGCCGCUUUUUCGCAGACAAUAGUAUUUACCUCAAUGUUGUGCAAUCGUUGGCUGCUUUCAAUAUCCGCAAAGCCGUGGAUAGUACUGGCAAAGAGAUCGAAGUGAAUGCCAAGCCGAAACCAGGUCUCCUCACUUAUCCUACGCAAUUCGAUUUCCGAGCCGAGCCAAGAAGCGAGAAGCAUGUACAGUUGAUUAGAGAGCUUGAGCGACAGCAUCCUUUUGAGGCCAGUGAUGCCUAUCAGCUAGGGCGUAUGGAGAACUUCCAGGCCGAUCAUGGCCCUGGUUGA